CGGCUGCGGGGCCGGGGCGGCGUGUCCGCGCGCCGCACUCGCGUUGGCGAUGUGACCGGGGCGGCGAGGUCCCGUCCCGUGGUCCCGGCCUGGCCCGGCCCGCCCUGCCCCGGCCCGGCCCGGCCCGCGGACGCACCCCCAUGCCCGCUCACGGCCGCCCGCCGGUAGCGGCUGACGCCUGCGGGGCCCGGGGAGGCGAUGGCUGCGGAUCUGGUGGUGUUGCUCUGCCUGGCCGCCGCCGCGGCCGCUGUGGAAGAAACUUUGAUGGACACACGGACGGCGACAGCCGAGCUGGGCUGGACUGCCAACCCUCCUUCAGGGUGGGAAGAAGUCAGUGGCUACGACGAAAACCUCAACACCAUCCGUACGUACCAGGUGUGCAACGUCUUCGAGCCCAACCAGAACAACUGGCUCCUCACCACGUUCAUCAACCGGCGUGGAGCUCACCGCAUCUACACCGAGAUGCGCUUCACUGUGCGGGACUGCAGCAGCCUCCCCAAUGUCCCUGGCUCCUGCAAGGAGACCUUCAACCUCUACUACUACGAGACAGACUCUGUUAUUGCCACCAAGAGGUCCACCUUCUGGACAGAGGCACCCUACCUCAAAGUGGACACCAUUGCUGCUGACGAGAGCUUCUCCCAGGUGGACUUUGGUGGCAGGUUGAUGAAGGUGAACACCGAAGUGAGAAGUUUCGGGCCUCUGACCCGCAAUGGCUUUUACCUGGCUUUCCAGGACUAUGGGGCAUGUAUGUCUCUGCUGUCCGUCAGGGUCUUCUUCAAGAAGUGCCCCAGUGUGGUGCAGAACUUCGCCAUCUUCCCGGAGACGAUGACUGGAGCGGAGAGCACCUCUCUAGUGACUGCCCGCGGCACCUGCAUCCCCAAUGCCGAGGAGGUGGACGUGCCCAUCAAACUGUACUGCAACGGGGACGGGGAGUGGAUGGUCCCCAUUGGCCGCUGUACGUGCAAGGCUGGUUAUGAGCCAGAGAACAAUGUGGCCUGCAAAGCCUGCCCAGUGGGGACAUUCAAGGCCAGCCAAGGCACCGGUGUCUGCAUGCCAUGCCCCUCCAACAGCCGCUCCACCGCCGAGGCCUCGCCGAUCUGCACGUGCCGCAACGGCUACUACCGGGCGGAUUUCGACCUGCCGGCAGCUGCCUGCACCAGUGUCCCAUCUGGCCCCCGCAACGUCAUCUCCAUCGUCAAUGAGACUUCCAUCAUCCUGGAGUGGCACCCACCGCGAGAGACGGGGGGGCGGGAUGAUGUCACCUACAACAUAGUCUGCAAGAAGUGCCGCUCAGACCGGCGUGCCUGCUCCCGCUGCGACGACAACGUGGACUUUGUCCCCCGGCAGCUGGGACUGACGGAGACCCGAGUCUUCAUCAGCAAGCUGUGGGCGCACACACCCUACACCUUUGAGAUCCAGGCUGUCAACGGGGUUUCCAACAAGAGCCCCUUCCCACCGCAGCACAUCUCCGUCAACAUCACCACCAACCAAGCUGCACCCUCCACUGUCCCCAUCAUGCACCAGGUGAGUGCCACGAUGAGGAGCAUCACACUCUCCUGGCCUCAGCCUGAGCAGCCCAAUGGCAUCAUCCUGGACUAUGAGAUCCGCUACUAUGAGAAGGUGAGCCGCAUCUGCACGCCUGAUGUCGGCAGCACCGUAGGCUCCAGAUCGGCAGCGGAUCACAAUGAGUACAACUCCUCCAUGGCCCGCAGCCAGACCAACACGGCCAGGAUCGAGGGGCUGCGGCCCGGCAUGGUCUAUGUGGUGCAGGUGCGAGCCCGCACUGUGGCCGGCUACGGCAAGUACAGUGGGAAGAUGUGCUUCCAGACGUUGACGGACGAUGACUACAAGUCAGAGCUGAGAGAGCAGCUGCCUCUGAUCGCAGGGUCUGCAGCAGCUGGGGUGGUCUUCGUUGUCUCAUUGGUGGCCAUUUCCAUCGUCUGCAGCAGGAAGCGUGCGUACAGCAAGGAGGCCGUGUACAGCGAUAAACUACAGCACUACAGCACCGGGCGAGGGUCUCCAGGCAUGAAGAUCUACAUCGACCCCUUCACUUACGAGGAUCCCAACGAGGCGGUCCGAGAGUUUGCCAAGGAGAUCGAUGUGUCCUUUGUGAAGAUUGAAGAGGUCAUUGGAGCAGGGGAGUUUGGAGAAGUGUAUAAAGGACGCCUGAAGUUGCCUGGCAAGCGGGAGAUCUACGUGGCCAUCAAAACGCUCAAAGCCGGCUACUCUGAGAAGCAACGCCGGGAUUUCCUGAGCGAGGCCAGCAUCAUGGGGCAGUUUGACCAUCCCAACAUAAUUCGAUUAGAAGGAGUGGUGACCAAAAGCCGGCCAGUCAUGAUCAUCACAGAGUUCAUGGAGAACGGAGCCCUGGACUCGUUCCUGAGGCAAAAUGAUGGGCAGUUCACGGUGAUCCAGCUGGUGGGGAUGCUUAGAGGAAUUGCUGCUGGGAUGAAGUACCUCGCAGAGAUGAAUUAUGUGCACCGAGAUCUGGCUGCAAGGAACAUCCUGGUCAACAGCAACCUAGUGUGCAAGGUGUCGGACUUUGGCCUCUCGCGCUACUUGCAGGACGAUACAUCUGACCCCACCUACACCAGCUCCUUGGGUGGGAAGAUCCCUGUGAGGUGGACAGCGCCGGAGGCUAUCGCUUACCGCAAGUUCACCUCGGCCAGUGACGUCUGGAGCUAUGGCAUCGUCAUGUGGGAGGUGAUGUCGUUCGGGGAGAGGCCCUACUGGGACAUGUCCAACCAAGAUGUCAUCAACGCCAUUGAGCAGGACUACCGGCUCCCGCCACCCAUGGACUGUCCCGCUGCUCUUCACCAGCUGAUGCUGGACUGCUGGCAGAAGGACCGCAACACCCGCCCGCGCUUCACCGAGAUCGUCAACACCCUCGAUAAAAUGAUCCGCAACCCGGCAAGCCUCAAAACUGUGGCUACCAUCACCGCUGUGCCUUCUCAGCCCCUCCUCGACCGCUCCAUCCCUGACUUCACUGCCUUUACCUCAGUAGAUGACUGGCUGAGCGCUGUGAAGAUGAGCCAGUACAGGGACAGCUUCCUGACCGCUGGCUUCACCUCCCUGCAGCUCGUUGCCCAGAUGACGUCUGAAGACCUCCUGAGAAUAGGGGUGACUUUGGCUGGGCACCAGAAGAAGAUCCUGAACAGCGUCCAGUCCAUGCGAGUACAGAUGAGUCAGUCUCCGACCUCGAUGGCAUGACGUCCCUCGUUUGAUGGGGAGGGGACGGGCAGGGCACGCAGCGAGGGGCAGAGGUGGGAGGGGAGGAACUGAUGGGUGCUGCGGGGCAGCAUUUGGAGAGGAGCCGCCCCUGCCUGGGACUGUGACCACAGACAAAGGAUGUUCCUGGAAGUCGUCUCUAACUGGUGACUUCCGUUCCUCACCCACAGAAGCACACUUACCGAUGUCAUGGGGAACAGCCUAUAAAUACAUAUAAAUAUGUACAAAUCAUAUAUUUAAAAAAACAAAACAAAAAAAGACAAAGACGACAAACAAUGAAGACAAACCAAUGUGCGUUGGGGAAGCAAACCCAAACCCAAGAGACCAGACUCCAAUCUCACUGCUGGUGAGCAGUGAUCGAAACUGAGAAGGAGAAAGGGGCUGUUGGGGAAGGGAGAGGCACAAGGUGCAUGAGGUGGAGCAUCCCGUCUGGAGAAACUGCCUUCCUUUUCUUUUCUUCUUUCGCCCUCCCUCCCUGCCCUGGCCCUCCCUGCUCUCCCCGCUCCCCUCUCUGCUCACAGACCGGGUGGAAGUGUCCUCAGACGUCUCCGCAGCUCCUGCUGUCGGGCCCAGGGGCCGCUCCGGCAAUGACCAAAGGACUUCGCUGACCACUGCAUGGGGGAUCCGACCCAAUCCAGUUAAUGUCUUCAUAUUGAAGAAGAGAUGUACCUUCAAUAGAAAACCUUGGGUUUAGUUUUUUUUUUUCUCUUUUGCUUGCAUUUUUUUUUUUUUUGCAAAAAGGAAAAAAAAAAGGGAUUAAAAAAAAUAAUAAUAAUCCAUCCUGGAAAUGGAAGGAGGUGUUCCCAUGUGUGUGUGCGCUCGUGCGCGUCUGUACCUUGUCAACUCACCGUGGGCUCACUGCUUGUCCCUCACUGAAGAUCCCUGCUGACCCUGCGGCCAGCAGCCGGCCGGCUCCUGCCUCCGGGGGCCCAGCGGCCCGGGGUUUGCGCCCAAAGCCCCCGGGACCGGGAGGUCGCAGGGAACCACGCGGCGGCGAAGCAAGCGCUCAGCAUCCCACAAGCAGGGAGGAGGACGCGAGGGCUGCCCUGCACUGCAGGGAUGGGACAGGAGCAGAGGAGCUGCCAUGUGGUUGUGCCUGGGUUGGUGACUGCUGGAGAAUGAGAGGUGCUCUGGGCAAUGGACUGCUGAGGCCUCCCGAGCCCUGGCGAGGCGCAGAAGAUGGCUAUGGAGGACUUUUUUUCCCUCAUCUUGUGGACCUAAGGAUUUUGAUAUUGAAUUACAGACUUAGCUUUCCUGGCUUCAGAGGUAGGUCUGUUUGUCUCAUGUGCGUCUCGUCCAUCCGUCUUUCUCUGUAUUUUCCUGCUGGCUUCCUUAAAGCCUCUCCCAGUGACUGUUUCCCCAUGUUUAAUUUGAUUUUUAUUUUUCUGCUCCACCGUUGGCCUCCUUUGCAAAUUGAUCUCAUUAAAAUUAGCAGACACGUGUCAGUAUUUACACAGAUAUUGUGGAACUGGGCACUCUAACUUCCCUCUGUGGAUCGCGCCGAGAGUGUAUAAAAUGAAUGAACUCUUAAUAAGGCUUUUACUUAGAGGGUUGUGUGAGCUGUAACGAUCUGUCACUGCGCUGUUGCUGGCACCAAGCAGCACCCAUAUGGCAAGGAGAGCGGUGGUGUGGGCAAGCUGCUUAGCCAUGCCUCAAGGACUGCCGGGCCCAGCCGUGAUGUGGUGGUGCGGUGGCUCCUACGUGCACGAGAAACCCUCGGUGCCACUCAUGCAUCCAUCUCUGCCGUGGGGAUUCCUUGUGUACGUCUCUGUGCCGUGGGGAUCCCUCAUGUCUGCCUGCGCUGUGUGUUUGCCCCCUGUCAGUCCUCACCAUGGGGAUGCCCACAUCCAUCUGCGCUGUGGGUUUGUUCCGGGUCCAUCUGCAUCAUGGUGUGACCCCACUUCCAUCCAUGCCACGGAGAUCAUAGAAUCAUAGAAUGUGCUGGGUUGGAAGGGAGCAUUACAGGUCAUUGAGUCCAGCCUGCCUGCAGCAGCAGGGACAUCUUUAGCCAGAUCAAGUUGCUCAGAGGCCAUCCAGCCUGGCCUGCAAUGUUCCCAAGGAUAGGACCUCCACCACUUCUCUGUACAACUUGUGCCAGUGACUCUCCACCCUCUCCAGAUUUGCUUGCUGCCACCAAACCCGAGGGGACAAGCCCUUCCUCCGUCCCUGUGUCUUUGGUGUGAGCGUUGUCCCCUGUGCUGAGGCCAUUGGGGUGCUCUCUGAAGAGGGGGACCCCGGUGCUCGGUUUGGAGGCUGACGGCUGGCACCACCAGCAGAUGAAGGACCGUGCUGAUGGGGGAGCUCCUUACACCUCCGAUUUAAUUUCUUUAAUUGUCUAAGGAAGAGGCCUCGCCACUGCACCAAAGAACAGGAGCUAACAAGACGCAGGAAUCAGCUUGCUUCGAAUCACUGAACUCCCCCCAGAGAAAGAGGCAGAGAAAAACACCCCUUGUUUACAACAGCAGGGACGGCUCACCGUCCUGUCUGAUAAACGAUCACUAAUACCUCUCGGGAUCAUCACGGCCCAAAUCUGUAUUCCAGGAUGUUGUCAUAGUGCAUCCAACAUGCAGAUGGACUGGGUGCCGUGCAUGCUAACGUGCCGCCUCACCGCAUUGAUAUUCGCUGCUGGUGAAGGAUCCUUGGUGGGUUUUUUUAUGAUUUCUCUUUUAUUAGAAGGAAGCUAAAGGCAUUUAAAGAAACAAAUGACAGCAACACGGGCUAAAUAUCAAAACUCCACCUUUACGACUCCCCUGCUGUGUUUCGCAUGGCCGCACAAGCACUUGCGAGGCAGCUGGGGCUACAGGGACGAUGCGACAGCACCACAGCCCUUUGCUUCGUAUUGGAGGUUUAAUAUUGGAAUUGAGUCCUGCCCAUCCAAACUCAGCAGACUCAAGGACCCAUGUGUGGAUAAACUGGCUCUCCAGGUGCUUGGGUGCUUUCAGAGAUGCCGAGUCCUGCGUCUGAACCACCUUGGUUUGAUUUCCCGGAGUGGAUGAUGCUCAUCACCUUUCCUGCCUUCAACUUGUCCUUGCUGCCAAACACUCAUGGACAAAGCGCUGCUGCUUCCCGGCGCGUGGCUUCUGGCCAGGGAGAGGUUUGUGCUGUGGGCAUCAGUGUGGGGAGGAAACAGACCUGGGCCCCAAGGCUGCCACCGAUGGAAGGGGAGAGCAUCUGCAUGGCUCAGGGGACAGGAGGGGCCAUCCUGACCGCUUAAGAUUUGUGAGAUGCCUUCUGAACCCUCAUUACACCCUGACCACGGCCAACUCAGCCCAGCGCUCACCUGCUCUUCCUUUUGGCUGGAAAGCAAGGAAAAUGGAGCUGUGCUGCAAGUUGAGGGCUGCCCUGGUGCUCUGUGGGCUGGGUGAGGCUGCUGACAGCAUUGUCCCUGGAGGAAAGCCCACCCCUUCCACCCCACCUCUGCACUAAGCAGCAACGCCUGGGUGCGGCUGCUCACCCAGAUCGCCUUCGAGCAAGCCCACCUCACACUUGCCCCGAUCCCAUUGUCUCAUGGAAAUGUUUUGGAGUUCUUAGUUGCUUCUCUACAUUUCUACAACUCCAAAACCUCAGUCCUUUUGUGUCUUUUUUAGGGUUGUUUCUUGCAUGUGAGUAGGCUUUGUCUUUUUUGCAUGUUGCGUUACAUCAAAAAGGGGACUUUUUGCUACAAGAAUCGUGCUCCAAGCUUGGUGCAAGGUCUUGGUGUGAGAAUCGGUGGGCAGGAUUCAUGUCUCGAGAGGGUUUUGCCGACGUGCUUCAAACCACUCUCUCUCUUCUGCAUCCUCCAGUGCCAGCCUUGCUGUGUUGCUUCCCUCAUGCCCCCAAAACAAUCCCUCUCAGCAAUCCAGCUGCUCCAUUCCCUGGGCUUUGCCGUGUCUUUUGUACAGCCCUGUCCCUGUUAGGCUGUGCCACAUGCGGUGGAGGAGGCAGCCGCUUUCUCAAUAGCAGUAAUUAAAAUGGGACGUCGUGCCGCUGCAAACGAAGGUGAGCUCAGCCACUCACACAUCCAGGGCAAGAGCGAGCUUUUGAACGUGAAAGAGGAACGGGUAUUAACAGCAUUAUUAUGUGACUCUUUCUAGAGAAAAAAGGAGUGUAUUUUAUGCCAUUUAAUGACCUUCAAAUUAACAGUUCUUUGAAAGCACUUAUGUAUAUUUAAUUUUAAAUGUUGCUGCGAGUCAGAGCGGGGCUUGUGAUGAAAACAGCAGGCAGCCAGUUUUUAAAUAAGAACAAGCUCAGACCAUUAUUUCUGAGCCUGUGUCAGCCUUUGGUGCCUGCAAUACUCCUUUCCCAAGGAGGCAACAGGGCUGUUGUUCCUCCAUCCCCCUUCCCUCCUCCUCCAUCUCUGCUCCAGGAGCUCCCCGAGCUCAAGCCUGAGUUCUGUGGGAUCUCCUCUUCUGCUGUCUGCUCCUCCAUGGGGUGAUGGCAUCUUCUUGAUGAGCUGGCAUGGAAGAUGCUGCUCCGAGGUGUUUGGGUCAGAGGGAGGGAAAGGUUGUUUUAGAGUUGGAUUGCAGAGGUCCCAUCAGUAAAGGUGCCAGCUAAGGACAUCCCCAGGGGAGCCAAAGGAGCAUUGCAGUUGGCCCCUGCCAUCCCCUAUGAAGGUUAUUCUGCACUGACUCACCACCAAUGCCGUUGUUCUGUGAUGGGGACAGACACAUUUGCAUUCGUUAGGGUCCGAAUUAAAGCUUUUGCUUCUGAUCCAUGAAAGCCGCCAAUAUAUCUGAGCCACUCUAUGUUCACUUGGAAAUCGUUACUCUUAAGCAUUGAAUUUGACUUUUAAAAAAAGGAAUCAAUGGGUUUCUAAGACAAGGAAUGGAUUUACAGACCCUGCGGUGAAUUUUCAAGCUCUCAGAAGUGUGCCAUAGCUCCAACGUCACCCGUCCUCGUUAAACUGCAGGUGGGAACGCAGGUGCUUGGGGCCAGGGUUUCUCAUCCAGCUUAUGCCCUCAUCCAGGUGCCAUGUGUCUCCUGCUCCCGUAAUGUCCCCACUGCGCAAGGAGCUGCAAGGGGUUAAUUAACACCCAUGUCAUCAUCUGCUUUGGUGCCCCUUCUGUGAACGAUACUGCCAGGGUGGAUACUGAUCUAAUUAUGGUGUGGUGCCUUCCAGGUUGUUUUCAAGAACCUUGAAGAAGACCUUCUCUGGCAAUUCUCAGGGAGACUCCUCUUGAUUUCAGAAAAGCCAGAAACUUCCUCACCAACAGGACUCCCAUGGCGAGUUGUUUCACCAUUGCUUUGGUUUCAGUUCAUAUUUUUCAUGGAAAGGUUCAGUUUGGAAGGAACCUUUAAAGAUCAUCUAGCUCAACCCCUUGUCAUGGGGGAGUGGCUGCGCCUGUCCCAGCUGAGCUCAGCCUCCUCCACAGCCUGUCUCUGGGAGGUACAAGAGCUGCUGUCUUGUUGUGCUCUCCCAUUUUUUAUGCCCUCAGGUUUUGUCUCUACAUUUGCAUCGCUGGGGAGGUCUGCUCGCUCCUGUCCAUCUUUCAUUGGAUCCUGAUGGGCUGAGUUGCCAUUCUAGGGCUCGGCAUGGAAAGAGGAGCAGACACUGCUACUCUGGUCAGGCUGGGACUUCUGCUGCGGUGUGAGUUGGGAGGAGUUGUGAGAUGGGAACCAGGCACGUGCCUCUAGGGACUGUAAGCACCCAUGGCAUUAAAUCUGGUUUCUUGAUUCAUGUCAGAGAAGCAGAUUAGCGGUGUGGAGGAGAGUGCAGCUGCCUUUGGUGACCAUGAUGCCCUUCACCUGGGCCUUUCUGGGUUGCUGGAACUGCUGGCACUCUGGGGACGGUGUCCAAAGUCCAUCUGCUUUGGCUGGCUGUCCUCCAUGGAUUAGCAUCAUGAGCAUCCUUCAAGCGUGGCAUAGCUGCCCACUCCCUUCCUGUCUGUGUCUUCUUCAUUUACUUCUGCUCUGGUCAUCAGCAUUCAAAAUGCUGUGAAGCCCCUGGCUGUGGCAGAAUGGUGCUGAGGUCUCCUAGUUCGUAUCUGGAGGGAAGUGCUGGAGGAGGUUAAUCUGAAAAAAACAGCUGUGUGCACCUGGAGUGGAUUAGCUGAACUCUGCACAUUCCCAAACAGACAGGUCCUUCUGGUGCGGGCGUGGAAGUGGAUUAGGCAAAAAAUCUACUUAAGGCUGCAUUAAUUCUAAAUAAGUGUAGGAGGAUUAACGCCUGUACACUAAAAAAAUUAAUUGGAGUGAAUUUUUCUGCAUGUCCCCAAGUAAAGAAGGCUUGGCCGCUUCCCCAACCACGGCCUGGGCGGUGGCUUUCCCUUCUCUGCUCUCCCAUCCCUGCAUGUUGCCCAGGAGCUGACAGCGUGGCGGGGUGACCCUGCACCUGUCUCCGUGAUUGUCCUUAGGGGCCUCAUUAGGGAACUGAACCCUUGUGUGAAGGUGGGGACAGAGGGCAGGAAAAUCAUGGUUGCCAUCAGUGCAAUUAUCAAUGCUAAUUAGCACUGAGCAGGAUGGAUGGCAGGAGGUGCAGACCAUGCUGAGUGUUGUCCAAGGAGCAAGGUGAGGCUUACGUUGGAAACACAGGCUGGAGCUUCGAGGGGGCUUGCACAGGGAGGUGACUGAAACAGGUGCACGUCAGGCACACCAGUGACCAUCAGUGAUGCUGGGGCUGGAGCACCUCCUGUACGGGGACAGAGUGUUGGGGUUGUUCAGCCUGGAGAAGAGAAGGCUGUGGGGAGACCUUAGAGCAGCUUCCAGUGCUGAAAGGGGCUCCAGGAAAGCUGCGGAGGGGAUCUUGAUCAGGGAGGGCAGGGAUGGGAUGAGUGGAACAGUUUUCAGCUGGAAGAGGGGAGAUUGAGAUGAGGUCUUGGGCAGAAAUGUUUUGCUGUGAGGGUGGGGAGGCCCUGGCCCAGGGUGCCCAGAGCAGUGGUGGCUGCCCCAUCCCUGGAGGGGUUCCAGGCCAGGUUGGAUGGGGCUUGGAGCCCCUGAUCCAGUGGGAGGUGUCCCUGCCCACGGCAGGGGGUGGGACUGGGUGGGCUUUAAGGUCCCUUCUGACCCAAAACAUUCCAUGACUCUGUGGUCACUUCCGUUUUUUAUUACCCCCUGACUUUGGCUGAGCUCUUUUCCCAUUCCCCAGCACAGUGUUUCGGGGAGGUGUCCCAGCCAGUGGUUUGGGACUUGGGCUCCCAUCUUCUGACUGGGGUUGGUGCCCAGGCAGCAGCUCCAUGUCUUGACCCCAAGUGGGGAUGGGGCGCUGCGAGGCCCCUGCUCUGAUGUCCCAGGGAAGCCGCGCAAGGUGCGACUCGCCUCGUGUCAGGGGUUGGGUGAGGGCAGGUGCCUGGGGAGGGCUGGCGGGAGCAGCUUGGGAUAAGGUGAUGGCUUCUGAGGCAGCUACUCGCGUGCCUCCAUCCCUUUCCUGCUCCCACCCACUGCUCACCUUUCCACGGCAGCGCUUGGGCCCAGCGGCCGGGUUUGUGGUGCCGUCCACCUGGUGAUUGAUCGGGGCGUUUACCGCCCCAUUCCCAUGAGAAGCGGGGAGCACUCCAGGCUGGCUCGCUGCCCACAUCCCAUCCGUGCCGUUCACUCCCCUGCAGCCACGCCAAUGCUGAUGACACCUUCCCUUACGCGAUGCUUUCUCAUCUCACUGAUGUGGCCUUUUUAUUGCCAUCUGUGUCACACCAACUCUUACAGGCUGAGAUCAAAGCCCUCUGUGCUGCUUGGCAUGGGCUCCACGCUGGAUCAGUGGGAGGAGGAGGUGCGGUGGGGGGGCGAGUGCCCACCUGGGGAUGCUCAGCCGCACUGUCCCUCACUGUCCUUCUUCUGCAGCUGCUCUUGACCUGCCCCUUGGGCCCUUUGGGAUCCAUCCUUUAGGAUCGGCUCAAAUCAUCCAUAGCUGUGUAGAUGUGGCACUUGGGGACAUGGUUUAAAAGGCAUGGGGUGGCUGGACUCAGUGAUCUUAGAGGUCUUUUCCAGCCUUAAUGGUUCAGUGAUCCUGUGGUGAAGGGAAGGGCUGCAGCUGCCUUGGGAGAGCCGAGCCGGCAGCCGCCACCAAAAACCCCCAAACCCUUCUUCAGCUCAGCUGCAACAGGCAGGUUGGGCAGCUGGGGCUGAAUGAGCUGGGAAAGGCCACAGGGCGAAGGCGGUGGCAGAUCCGGGAGCAGUGCCCGGGGCCGGAGCCGUCGCUUGGCUGCAGCUUGAAUGUAGCCAAACCUGCAGACGAUAUAAACGGCUGUCGCCCCACUGACGUGGGUGCAGCCACCCAGAUUUACACCGGUUCCUGGGGACCCACCCGGCUCAGCAGUGUGUUCAGCCUCGUCGGCUGCCUUUUGUAAAACAUAAUUUUUACUCCUGUUGUUGCUUUUUUUCCUGCUGCUCUGCUCCCAUUGGUGUUAAUGGGAGCCAUGAGACCGAAUCUUCGAGCGCGGCACUGAAAAUGGACCCCGGUGCAUAAGAAAUGCACAGCGAUGUCUUUUCCCCCAGGCAAAGCUCCUUUUAUUUUUGGAGAUAAUCUCAAUUUCUCUUACUCUUUCUCACAGGCUCAUUUUCCUGCCAAACUCUAAAUUAGAACCUUGCAAUCAUUAAGGUUGGAAAAGACCUCCAAGAUCAUCAGGUCCAACCAUCAGCCCAACAGCACCACGUAGAAUCAUAGAAUCAAAUUACUAAACAAAAGUUUCAUUACUCCCUGGGUCUGCUAAAAAACCCUGAUUUUCAUUCAGGAGGAUGAUGGUUUUCAAUAGGAGUGAAAUGUCAGCCACAGUUGGAGUUGGUGUUUGAAAGCCUCGGUGUGUGCGGAGAGGCACAGGGACGCCUGGCAGUAAUUACGUCAGCGAGCUCUGGUUAUCGGUGGCCCAGCAAAGGGACACAGCGGUCAAUUGCUUUGUUAUUUAAUGGGGUGCCUUUAUGCUUCCAAGGUGCAAUUGUAUAUUAAAAGCAUCUUUGCCUCUCUGAAGCCACAAAAUAAUGGGACUCUGCUGCUGCCUGGCACUUGUGGGUUGCAGGGCGAGAAGGAGGCUCUCCUGAGGCUGCUCCUUUGGUUUGGAGACCUCCUGUUUCCCCCGUUAGUGGAGAAAAUGAGUGGGUGUUGUUCUUUGGGAAAGAGGGAUUUCUUGGUGUGUGGUGGUUUGCUCCUGCUCUUUAGACCUGGGGGUGCUCAUGUUGCAGCGUGAGGAGGAAAUACAGCACUUUUACUGCUGCGAAACACGGCAACCCGCCCGCCCCCCAAAUCCAGUCUCAGCCUCCACUCUCCGAAGCAUCUCAGCUUCACAAAGAAACGCGUCUUCCAUUCCCUUUUUUUCCCCCAAGGAAACAUCGAGAGCUUUCAGUGCAAUUGUCACUUUUCUGACAGCAUAGUAAUUAAUUGCUGCUUUUUACAGGGUUUUUUUGAGAGGCUGUCUCUGCUAUGAGAUGUCUUUGGGUUUUGUGGGGUGCAGCCCCACAGCUGAGGGGCUCAGCAUCACGGGGGCCUCAGCUGUGAAGGAGCCUGCUUUUUGGGGGAGGUGCUGCCUCUCCGAGCACAGGACUUGCUUAUUCUCACCUUCUGUUCCUUUCCGUCCCUCUUGCC